UAGCGGGCGUUCGGCUAGAGCGCUGAUCACGUGACUCCCGCAGUAGGCCUGCUGUCUGUUGUCAGUGGACGGAGAGGAAGGAAAGAACAUGGCGGCUGCGAGCGACCUGAAGCGGGGCACCGGGCGUUCGUUUUGAGCUUUCUUGCGUUAACCGAGUCCGGGGCUCCGCGGGACUGGUGCAUCCUCACAUCCACGGGAUCAUAUUUGCAGUGGUGCCCGAAAUUCCGGGUUUUAUGCGUGUAAACAGCGCGCAAAACGUGAAACUGAAGAGAAUAGAUUUUUAUCCAUAAUGAGGGGGAGACGAGGCAGGCCGCCCAAAACCCCGCUAACGCAGGAGCCCUCUUCGGGGUCGGUGCGCGGGUUGAGACCCCGCCGGACAUUAAAGCCGAAGGUGAGAGGGAGCUCCGAUGAGGAUUUUGUCACCCCGAAACGGGGGAGCCAUCACCAUUCAACACGAGGCCGGAGGAAAGUGCGAUCCGCGGGAUUGAGAGGCAGAGGAAGAGGCAGAGGAACGGGCAGAGGCAGGGGACGGCGGAGCACCGCGAGCGGGGUGGUGUACGAUGACCACGAGAGCGAUGAAGAGGACGACGAUGCGGUCAGUUUGCGAUCGGAGGGGGACGACUACAUCGCGGAGCCUCUUACGGAUGAUGAAGAAGAAGAAGAGGAGGAGGAGGCCAUCAACGAUGAAUCGGACUACCUGGAAGAUCUGGACGGAGAGGAUGAAGACGAUGCCAGUUUCUGCACCGAGAGCAGCCACGGCAGCACUGCAGUAGGUCGGAGAAGGCCAAGACCAAGACGGCCACCUUCUCCAAUUUUGGAGCAGAAGGAGAUUCCUCCUUUGAAUUUGCCCAGUUCUUCUGAGGACCUUCUCAUUACCAAUGAACAGCUUCUUAACGCAUCGGCUGUUUAUGAGGUCCUUCGCAGCUUUAGCACAGUCUUGCGCCUGUCUCCAUUCCGCUUUGAGGACUUCUGUGCUGCUCUGGUUGGACAGGAGCAAUGCACGCUAAUGGCUGAGACACACAUUUCUCUCCUGAAAGCUAUCUUAAGGGAGGAGGACACUUCCAACACCACCUUUGGACCAGCGGACCUUAAAGACAGCGUUAAUUCCACUCUCUACUUCAUUGACGGGAUGACCUGGCCAGAGGUGGUGCGUGCAUACUGCGAGAGUGACCCGGAAUAUCACCAUGUUCUUCCUGACCUAGAGGGUGAAGAAUACCCCUUCAGCCCUUUGGAGAGCAAAGUCAAGGUCUUGCAGUUCCUGGUGGACCAAUUCCUCACCACCAACCUCGCCCGUGAGGAGCUGAUGUCCGAGGGAGUUGUUCAGUAUGAUGAUCACUGCCGGGUGUGCCACAGACUAGGCGAUCUGCUCUGCUGUGAGACCUGUUCGGCGGUGUAUCACCUGGAGUGUGUGAAGCCUCCUCUGCAGGAGGUGCCUGAGGACGAGUGGCAGUGUGAGAUUUGUGUGGCGCACAAAGUUCCUGGUGUAACGGACUGUUUGACAGAGUUUCAGAAGAGCCGGCCAUACAUCCGGCAGGAACCUAUUGGUUACGAUCGGCAUCAAAGAAAAUACUGGUUUCUAAACAGGAGGAUCGUUGUGGAGGAGGAUGGAGAUGAUGAAAAUAAGAAGACCUGGUACUACAGCACUAAAGUCCAGCUGGGUGAGUUAAUGGAGGUUCUGGAUAAAGGCUUCUGGGAAAGCGACCUCUGUUCUGUGCUGGAGGAGAUUAGAGAGGAGAUCCACUCUCACAUGGACAUCACAGAGGAGCUCACUAACAAGGCCCGUGGAAAUAACAAAGCAUACCUCACCGUUGCCAAUGAUGUGAUCUUGGACCGUCUAAAGGCCAAGCAGGAGGCGGAGCUUGAGGAGCUAAAGCGACGGGCAGCAGAGGAGGCUGAGAAGGCCAGACAGGAAUCUGAAUCACAGUCUUGUGAACAAGGCAUGACCAAUGCAAUGACCCCUGCAAAUGGAUCGUGUCCACAACAAGACUCCAGUGAACCUACUUCUGCAAACACUGCUCCAGCUGAUGAGGAAGGCAGCACCAGUAUUCCCAAGCCCACGGCAAGCAGCUCAGCCAUACCGCCUAAAACCGACUCUCCGAGUCCCACAGGGAAUGCCACGACUAUGUCUUCCAAUACUGAGGAGAAAGGUGAACCUGCAGAGGAGGUGAAAGACUUGGCAGGUAAGAGCUCAGAAUCUGUUGGUCAGGGUGAUGGGGAUUCGGUACUAGAAACUGAACCUCCGCAGACAGCAGAUGAGAACAGCUGCAGCAGUCAUUUCUCCAUCUCUGACUGCCUGCGACCUCCGGAAGAGUCUGACCUGGUAGACCGCUCCUCACAGUCUUCACUAAACAGCCAGGAUGAUGCAGGUGAAGGUAAAACUAAUGGAGAUGGCACAAAGACAGGAUCUUCACGCAUGGUUACACGACUCCGGAACCCUGACAGCAAGCUCAGCCAGCGCAAGGUCAUGCAGGACAAAGAUGGCAGCUCUCAGGAUGGUAGUAAAGCACUUAGAGAGACUCCUCCACUGUCAUCUUUUGGCUCUUUCAAGAGAGAUUCAACCAAGCAGACUGGCAGUGGCUUUUUCAAGCUGGGCCACGAGGGCAAAUUCCGUGUGUACCACAACCAGUACAGCACUAACACACUGGCGCUGAACAAGCAUCAACACCGCGAGGACCACGACAAACGUAGGCAUCUUUCCCACAAGUUCUGCAUGACCCCUGCUGGUGAUUUCAAGUGGAACGGAUCGCUGUACGGCUCAAAAGCACUGACGGUGUCAACUCUUAGAUUAACCAUCAUCCAGCUAGAGAACAAUGUCCCUGCUCCAUUCCUACAUCCAAACUGGGCUUCACACAGGUCAAACUGGAUAAAGGCUGUCCAAAUGUGCAGCAAAGCGAGAGAGUUUGCUUUAGCUUUGGCCAUUCUGGAGUGUGCAAUAAAACCAGUGGUCAUGCUCCCAAUAUGGAAGGAUUCUUUGGGUCACACAAGGCUUCAUCGUAUGACCUCUGUGGAGCGGGAAGAGAAAGAAAAGGUAAAAAAGAGGGAGAAAAAACUGGAGGAUGAAGAGACAAUGCAGCAGGCCACAUGGGUGAAGUACACUUUCCCCAUCAAACACCAGGUGUGGAAACAGAAGGGAGAGGAGUACAGGGUAACUGGUUAUGGAGGCUGGAGCUGGAUAAGUAAGACCCACGUCCAUCGCUUUGUCCCAAGGCUACCUGGAAACACCAACGUCAACUAUCGGAAAGCACUUGAGGGAGCUAAAACUGGAAUGGACAAUCGGGCAGCUCUCUCAAAAACAUCUAAAACUUUGGAAAAAACAGAUAAAGUCUCUACUCAAAAUGUGUCUGGAAAGGAUAACGUCCAGAUCACAUCACUGGAUUCUUCUGAAGAACAACCAUCUGUGGAGAAAGAUCAUGUGUUAAAAGAUGAAAAAGGAGAUGAAAAUUUUGAAGAAAAAGAGGUUGAAAAAGUUGAGGAAAAAGUGGUUGAAAAAGAGGAUGAAAAAUUUGAAGAAAAGAGUGAUAAAGAAAAUGGAUCUGUGGAAAAAAUGGACACUAGCGCUCCUCACUCCGAUGAAGUAAAUGAAGAUAAAGCUAACAUUUCAAAUGAUUCACCCACAUCAAAUGAGUCUCCUUUCAAAGGAGAGUCUUUUGAAAAUGAGGUAAUGAAGGAUAGUGCUCUGAGUGAACCCCAACAGUCCUUCUGCUAUGAUGUUGUGAACGUCAGUGAGGGCUUCCUGCAACGCAUUGCAUACAAGAAAAAAGUAAAGGCUUCAAAACUUGAUGGCCUUCUGGAGAGGCGGGUCAAACAGUUUACCAUUGAAAAGAAGCAGAGAUUGGAGAAACUCAAGCAGACUACAGUUUCUAAACCCUCCACUGAAAAGAUCAUGGACAACAAGGAAACAACCAUUGCUGCUCAAGACCAAAAGGUCAAGAUUGAAGGAAAUAUCCCUGAAACUCCAAAACAUACCCAGGUAGAUGGGGUAGCAGACCCAGCAAUACAGCAAAAAGACCAUGUGGUCAAAAAGCUUGAUUUUAACCAAGGGGAAGAGCAAGUAAGUAUAAAUACUUCAGGACAGAAGAAUAACCUGGAUGUCAGGUUAAAUGAUUUCGGUGACACUGCCCGUGAAGAACAUCAACAAAAAUCGGCAGAACCAGAAUCCAAAGCACCCAGUCGGGUAGCAAUGUCUGAGCUUAAUGGAAACUCGCAAAGUCUGGAUCCAAGUGUUCAGCAAAAUGCUAAACCCGAUAAAACGAUCUCAGAAGGUCUUACACCAGAAGACCCUGAGAAAAAGACUGUAGUUGAAAACAACGAGAAUAACCUUGAUGUAGAAAAAGCUGUGCAAGUAAAUGGGAAAGAUGGUCCUGGGGAUUCGCUAUGUGAGAAUUUGACUGAUAAUGUUAACCCGAAGGAGCUAACCAAUCGCCUUGGGGAGGAAAUCAAAGCAAUAUCACCAAAGGAACCAGUGAAGUCGCUAAUGAAUGGUGAUUCCACUCAAGAGGGUCUUAAAGAAUGGACUAAUAGCUCAAUUCCUGAAGUGAAAACUGAAGGAGAGAAAGAAGUUACCAAGUUUGACCCUGAUUAUCUACCACCUCAGAAAGUGGCCAAGUUUGAAAAUGACACUGAAGGAACUUUAGACUCUUCUGUUAGUUCCUCUGUACCUAAACCUUCUUCAGUAGCUUCCGAGCCAAACGUAAGAUCCGAGGUGCCUAGUAAAAGCUCAAAGGUGGAGCUGAUGCAAAUCGAGGAGUCCAAGCCUCUUGUACCUUCUCCCGUCCCAUCAGCGGAAGAGUCCAGCCUAAGCAGCGACCUCACCGAAAACUGUAGCAACGGGAGCAAGAUAACAACUGUCAUUACUCAAGUCACUAAAACUACAACGACGGUAUCAACUGAGGCCCACACGGUAUUGACAUCAAGCCUUGCUUCCAAUAACGGGUUAAAUACAUCCAUGCCUGAUUCUAAGGUGGAAUCAACCAGCUCUGUUUCAAAACUCUUUACUACAACUACCACUUCUGUUACCAAGGUCACAAACUCAUCCCAGGAAGCCAUGGUAACAAAAGAGUCCAAGACCAUUGUAACGGAAACUCUGACUGAUACCAAGUCUGGUCCUAGUGGUUCCUCAGUGACAUCCAUGACAGUAAGUCAAGAAUAUUCCACCAGGGACAGAGUACGACUGUUAAAGUUCUCUCGCACCAAGAAAACACGAUCCGGGACGGCCUUGCCUUCGUACCGCAAGUUUGUAACCAAGAGUAGCAAGAAGAGCAUCUUUGUGCUUCCCAACGACGAGCUAAAGAAGCUUGCAAGACGUGGUGGCAUUCGUGAAGUUCCUAUAUUCAACUAUAAUGCCAAGCUAGCCUUGGAUAUCUGGCCCUACCCAUCUCCACGACCAACAUUUGGGAUCACAUGGAGAUACCGACUCCAGACAGUGAGGUCUCUGGCUGGGGUAAGCCUGAUGCUACGGCUGCUCUGGGCCUGCCUCAGAUGGGACGAUAUGUCUGUAAAGCCUUCAUCCGCUGUUGGGACAACACGGACAGAAACAUCUGACACUGAUAUCACCACCACCGAGAUCAUCAAGCGGCGAGAUGUUGGGCCUUACGGCAUUCGUUCAGAAUAUUGCAUCAGAAAGAUAAUCUGUCCCCUCGGGGUGCCUGAGACUCCCAAAGAGACUCCCACACCUCAAAGAAAAGGACUACGAUCCAGUGCUCUGAGACCAAAGAAACCAGAACCAGCAAAGCAGACAGGGCCUAUUGUGAUCGAAACCUGGGUGGCUGAGGAAGACCUGGAACUAUGGGAGAUUCGAGCCUUUACUGAAAGGGUUGAGAGGGAGAAGGCACAGGCAGCUGACCCGACUAAGGUUAGUGUGCAGAAGAAAGCAGAGGAGGUCAAGGCCCAAUUGGAAGCUCAGCUUAAGCAGCAGAGAUUGGCAGCCCAGCAGAAACGGUUGGAGCAGCAAAAACCUGCAGGCACCAGCAGCACAUGCACCCUGACCAGCACACCUACGACCCCUGGAACCACCCCUCAGAAGGUGGUGGUGGGGUCUGUUGGCGGUCCGGUAACUACAGUGCCAAAAGUGGUGAUGACCACCAAGCUUGGCUCUCCGGUAACAUUCCAGCAAAACAAGAACUUCCAGCAGUCCUUUGCUUCCUGGGUCAAGCAGGGCCAAGGCAAUACAGUCUCCACCAGUUCUGUUGUGACUGUGGCGGCGAGUAGCGCCACCACAUCCGGGCAAACGUUCCACAUCGCAGCUGCUGCGGGGUCGAUGGCCGGCAGUGUCAUCGCAGCUAAACUGCCUGUUCCAGCCAACAGCAAGAUAGUCACAGUGAACAUGCCAACAACGCAAGGAGGGUUGGUGCAGGUACAGCAGAAAGUGGUGGGCAUCAUUCCAUCAAGCACAGCAGGCAGUGCACAGUCCUUUCCCUCAUUCCAGCCCCGUACUGCCACUAUUAACAUCAGACCCAACACUAGCACCUCCACACAACAGGUCGUUACGACUGGAACUCUCCGUCCGGGGAUGGCAAUGAUACGUUCUCCACUGCAACAGACCACCACCCUUGGCAAGACUAUCAUUCGCGCUCCCCUGAUGGUUCAACAAGGUCAAGGGCAACAGGCAGUGCAGAGCAGUACCGGAGCUCAAGCGGUGGGCACCCCACCUCGCCUCUCCGUACCAACCCAGCCCCAGACCCCACAGACACCCUCUGGUCCCCGACCGCAACAGGGUCAGGUCAAACUCACCCUCGCUCAGCUCACACAGCUUACCCAGGGGGCUCAGGGUGGGAACCAGGGCUUGACUGUAGUGAUCCAAGGGCAAGGUCAGACCACAGGCCAGCUGCAGGUAAUCCCUCAGGGUGUGACGGUCAUUCCGGGCCCCGGUCAACAGCUCAUGCAGGCAGCCAUGCCCAAUGGCCAAGUCCAGCGGUUUUUGUUCACGCCCGUGUCCCCUGCAGCUGUGUCUGCACCCACUGCCCCUUCCACAACAACCUCAACGAGCACCCCAGCCACACCUGUCCCGGCUACUACCAGCAACACCAUCACCACCCCAGCAGCACCCAUACAACCAGCAAUUCAACCUGCUCCACAGCUCCAACCUCCAACUGCACAUCCACCCACCUCAUCUCUUCCCCCAUCACAACCACCUCAACUCGCACCCACUCUAGUCCCAACCGCCGCCAUUCCCAAACUGACUCCCACUCCACAACCCCGCCCACCCGUACAGCUCCUGCCUCAACUGCAGGCCCCUCCUCAAACCUCCAUCAAGCCUCACACAUCUGCAACCGCCCCUGCCUCUCAGAUAGCACAGGUUACACCUCCCGCACCUGCCCAACAGGUCACCACCCUUCCCGUCGCCCCGCAGGUCACUCAGACCACCGUAACCAAAGUCCAGCCACAGAUCCAGCUGCCCCCACAGCUCCUCAGCGUUCCCGGGCUGCAACAGCAGGUCAUCUCUCACAUCCAGAGUCAGGUAGCAGCCCAUAUUCAGGCUCAGGUCCAGCAGGCCGGUACAGCAGCUGGGAUUCCCCAGCAGAUCAAACUGCAGCUGCCCAUUCAGAUCCAGCAGCAGGGUGGAGGGCAGGUCCAAACCCACCAGAUCCAGAACCUGGUGACGAUCCAAACAGCUAGCGUACAGGAACAGCUCCAGCGCAUACAACAGCUCUGUGAACAACAGCAGCAGAAGAAGAAACAGCAGGAAGUGAAGAGAGAGCAAGCCCAGCAGAACACCAGUCAGAGUGACCUGCUGCAGAAACAGGUGGCUCAGAAGCAGAAUGUGGCCAUAGAACAGUUAAAGCAGAAGAAGACCAUGACUCCUGCUGAAAGAGAGGAGAACCAGAGGAUGAUUGUUUGUAACCAGGUGAUGAAGUUCAUCCUGGAUAAAAUCGAUAAGGAUGAGAGGCAGGCGGCCAAAAAGAGGAAACGGGAGGAGUCGGUCGAGCAGAAGCGCAGUAAGCAGAAUGCCAGCAAGCUCUCAGCGCUGCUCUUCAAACACAAGGAGCAGCUGAAGGCUGAUAUUCUGAAGAAGAGAGCUCUGCUCGAUAAAGAGCUGCAGCUACAAGUGCAGGAGGAGUUGAGGAGAGAUCUCAUUAAACUGAGAAGAGAGAAGGAGAAAGCUCAGGCUGCGGCUGCACAAGCAGCAGCAGCAGCAGCGGCGGCGGCGGCAGCGGCCGCCAGUGCUCACCCGCAUGCCGCUCUCUCCACAUACACACCGACGGUUACGUCCCCCUCUUCCACACACAAACGCAAGCGGGACGAGGAGAGAGACUCCGCUUCCAAGUCAAAGAGAAAAAAGAUGAUUUCCACUACCUCAAAGGACAGCAAGAGAGACAUCAAGCUAUACUGCAUCUGCAAAACACCCUACGAUGAGUCCAAGUUCUACAUUGGUUGUGACCUGUGCUCUAACUGGUAUCAUGGAGAGUGUGUGGGCAUCACAGAGAAAGAGGCCAAGAAGAUGGAUGACUACAUCUGUUCAGAAUGUAAACGAGCACAGGAGGGCAGCACAGAGGAACUCUACUGCAUCUGCAGAACUCCAUAUGACGAGUCACAGUUCUACAUUGGUUGCGACCGCUGUCAGAACUGGUAUCACGGUCGCUGCGUGGGCAUCCUGCAGAGUGAAGCCACACAUAUCGAUGAGUACGUGUGCCCACAGUGCCAGUCUACAGAGGACGCUAUGACUGUCUUGACACCGCUCACAGAUAAAGACUACGAGGGGUUAAAGAGAAUACUGCGCUCCUUACAGUCUCAUAAGAUGGCGUGGCCAUUCCUGGAACCAGUAGAUCCGAAUGAUGCUCCAGAUUAUUAUGGGAUCAUCAAGGAACCAAUGGACCUAUCUACGAUGGAAGAAAGAAUACAGAAACGCUUUUACAGCAAACUUACAGAGUUCGUAGCGGACAUGACCAAAAUCUUCGACAACUGCCGCUACUACAAUCCCAGCGACUCGCCUUUUUACCAGUGUGCAGAGUUCCUGGAAUCCUUCUUUGUACAGAAACUCAAAGCUUUCAAAGCAAGCAGAUUGUGAUGACAUUGUGGCUGAAGUGGUGGAGUCUUUAUUUGAAAUCAUGGAACUUGCUCUUUUAUAAAUAGUGGAAACUGAUGUACAUUUAAAUGAAAUGACUCACAUGUUUGGAAAAUAAAAAAAUAAAAAAACAGUCAUUGAAACACUUGCGAUGCCUUGAUUGACAAUCUGAGAGCGGCAGCCAUGUUGAAGCGCUAUGAACACAGUAAUCAAGGGAAAUGCUUUGCGUGCAUACAUGCUCAUAUGUGUAAUUCUGUUUUCUGGUCACGUGAUGUUAUUUAUAAUGUGUACGCUGAUGCAUGAACAUUUAUCACACAAACGUUUUGUUGGAUUGGCUGAUUAAAGACGUUUUACAAGACUGCUGUUCAGUUUUAUUGUAAUGUGCUUAACAACUGCUUGUUUCAACUGCUUGGUUGGUCUUUCCAGGUUAUCAUUGAGAAAACUAGUGAACUGCAAAAUGCAUAGUCGACUUUCUAAAUAAUCGGUUUCAAAUCGCUUGAAGGAAAAAAUAGAUAUGUAAUGCCAUUUGUCAGGGUAUACAAGUAUUUUUAAACCCUUUUGUUAGGACUUCUAUGUUGAAAUAAAGGACCAUGCUUUAAAACAAAUUUUCAAAUUGUAUUUUUUUUUCUUAGAUGAAUCUAGACUGGUAUUUUUACGAGCACCAAUUUAAAUGACUGAAAUGCAUUCCCUUUGCAUUAUGACAACAUGGCUGCCAUUCCAAUAAACCCUUGAGGCUUUUCCCCCCUCACUAGUCUUGUUUUAUUUGCAAAUGUUCAGUAAAACCCAAAGGGCUCUUAACGUCGUUUUCUCUGUUCUGUAGGUCGCAUAACAACAAACUACAGUCAUCAGCCUCAUAGAAUACAACCACAUGCUGUUCUAAUAAACGUUGAACAUUAGUUCAAGAUGGAACUUUAUCCCAGUCAACCAGCAUCGCACAUAGCCGCAAUGUUUGUUGGAAUAUUGGACAUAGAAGCUGGUUGGAUCAAGAAUGGACAGUUUACAUUUUUGAUCGAUAAAGCAAUGAGUUUUGACUGGGAUCUAUUUGUCUCAUGUUUCUUUAUGGAAUUAAAUGCCUACGAAAAUGUUUUGUGAGUUUUUUAAACCCUCCCGAAUCAUGUUCGCAUUAUCCAGGACAACAGGCGUCUACCAUGGGUGCAACCAUUGUUUUUAACUUGAUACAUAAGAUUCAGCGUACUACUUCAAAAGCAGACAGCUAAUUGUUUUUUAAGCAAUGGGGAGGAACGAGUACCUAAAAUAAGAUUUACUGUAAGAAUGCAUUAAAGACUGAAACAUGCUAAAAAUCAACAAGGUAUCUUGUUUGUAUAACUUGUCUUUUUUUUUUUUUUUUUUUUUUUUUUUGUAUUACAACUGAAGAAAUAUUGAUGUAUAUGAAACAAAUAAAUGGAGGGGACAGGAUUCUCUCUUCUACAUUGAUUAAUAUGUCUCUAUAUUCUCUUCAGUUUAAAGUUAUUAACCCUGAGUAGGAUUCUAAGCAUUUGGACAAUUCCAGCUUGCAAGAAAAGGCCUGACAGAUUGGACUUUUUAGAACGAUGUACUUAUCAAAAUUAAUAUUUUUGUCUAGAUAAUUGUGUAACCAAAAAGUGCACAUUAAACCCCACAAAUAAUAUUUUCUAUGUUUAUAGUAAUUGAUACACCAAUUCAUCACUGAGCUACAAAAUCAUUUUCUCUGAGGUGAACUUUGUGUUAAUUUUAAGUGCACUUUUCCAGUCUUGGUACAAUAUUUGUAUGACAAUAACCAUGUAUUGUUUCAAUCUAUGAGUUAAAGGGAUAGUUCACCCAAAAGUGAAAAUACUCUCAUCAUUUACUCACCCUCAUGCCAUCCCAGAUGUGUAUGACUUUCUUUUUUCUGCAGAACACAAACGGAAAUUUUAAUAAUAAUAUCUCUAUGUUGGUCCACACAAUGCAAGUGAAUGGUGACCAAAACUUUAAAGCUCCACAAAGCACAUAGAGGGAGUAUAAAAUUAAUCUGUAUGACCGCAAAGUGUUUUAAUCCAUGUUUUCUGAAGCGAUAUGAUCGAUUUUGGGUGAGAACAGAAUAAAAGAAUAGUGAAUAACUCCGUUUUCACUAUAUAUCUUGGCGAUCAUGUGUUCAAGCUCGAUUACACUUUUCUAAUGCUCUGCAUAUGCGUCAAGCACAAGGAAGUGUAAUCGAGCUUGAAGUCACGUUCGUGCCUAGAGGCUGCAAUGGCAAGAUGUACAGUGAAAAAGGAGUUACAUUUUGGUCUGUUCUCACCCAAAAUUCGAUUAGAUUGCUUAAGAAGACAUUAAUUAAACAACUGGAGUCAUUAUAGAUUAAUUUUAUACUCCCUUUAUGUGCAUUUUGGAGCUUCAAAGUUCUGGUCACCAUUCACUUGCAUUGUAUGAACCAGCAGAGCUGAAAUAUUAUUCCAAAAAUCUUCGUUUGUGUUCUGCAGAAGCAUGAAAGUUAUACACACCUGGGAUGGCAUGAGGGUAAAUAAAUUAUAAGAGAAUUUUCAUUUUUGGGUGAACUAUCCCUUUAAUAACUAGUUUAAUCAUUGCAAUACUUCUAUAAAGUCUGUAUGUCAACAAAAAUCUAUUUUCAUGGAUCAUUUGUUUUAAGUCUACCAAGCCAGCACUUAAAAUCUGGUCUUCAUUUCAUUUCAUUUUUAAGUAGUUCCUGAAGGGCCUCUGGGAUUACUGAAUUAAAUUCUAAAUAAACAAUUUCUUCAUCA